AUGUCAGAAUCCUCAUCUGAAUCGUCCUCUGAGGAUGAGAUUGCUAAGCCAGUAUAUGUUCUGAAAAAGCAACAGGGUGAGAGUACUAAUGCAUCCCGUAAGGUCUUGCUUUCCCAAUUGGAACUGAAGGGUACAAAAGAGGACACUGAAGACAGAUAUGACGUUGAUGAUACGGAUGACUUGGAUCCUCAAUUGGAGUAUGAAAACUGGAAGCAACGAGAGAAGCUACGCUUCCUACGUGAUCAACAACUUAUAAGAGACGCCGAAAUGGAAAAGGAGAGAAAGAAAAAAGAUACAAACAACAAUGUCGUUGAUUCCACUUCCUGA